AGAAAUUAUUGCAAAUGAAAAGAUAAAAAUGUUGCAUAUUAGUUUUUUUUUUUGGUUGAAAGACGACGCGACGAAGAUGUUUUUGUAUAACUUUAUAAUUUAUUUUUUAAUUUAUAUUAAUUUUAUUUUUAUCAAUAUUUCCAUUAAUUUUACCCUAUUUAUAUUUAAUUAUAAUUAUUUUUUAUUUUUAGUAUUUUAUUCUUUUUAAUUCCAUUAAUUUAUUUUCAUUUUGUCAUUUUUCCCUCUUAAUACAGUAAUUUUUUAUUUACAGCUUUUAUUCUUCCUUUUUAAAGGAAAUUCUUUAAAUUUUUACAAAAGGAAAGUAUUGCGUAAUUUUUCGGGUGAGGGAAGACG